AUGCUGUGGUUUCACGCUCUGCUCGGCAUGGAGUGGGGGAUGAUGAGAGGUGGGAUGGUUUUGAGGCAGCAUGGAGUGGGGGAUGGGGAUGAUGGUGAUGAGAGGUUGGAUGGUUCCGAGGCUGCUCGUCACCAGUCUCGCAAGAUUCAGGAGUUUCUGGACGCUGGAGGGGUGCCGGGUGAUGCUGCUGCUACUGUGUGUCCUUCUGUGCGACAUGAUGGCGUGAGUCCUGUGGCAGCACCUGCAGGGACGGAAGAGGCAGCAGCAGCGGUAACAGGGUUCAGGAAUCCGAUGCUUGGGUCACACGAUCAGCACCACCCCUCCUCGCUUCCCUCCUCGCUGUCCCAUGGUCAAGGCAAUGCCACUGCUGCUGCUGCAGGCAGCAGUGGCAGCGAGGGCAAUCACGCAUAUGCAGUGGCAGAUGCCUCUGACUCGACUGUCCCAAAAGUGACAGCAGUCAGUGAGAACGCAGAUGCCUCCUGCUCGACUGCUCCAGAAGUAUCGACAGCCAAGGCUGCAGGCACACCUGCUUCAAGCACUCAUGCAGGUGCAUCUUGUGCAGGUGGUAUUCUGGGAGGGAUGACUGGCUUCGGCGUGACGUUUGACUGGGGUAAAGCGGUGGCGACUGCAGGAGGGGGCGCGGGCAGCAGGGCGGCCACAGUGGUAGAGGCGAUGAAUAAGGUGUCUGACUGGAUCGGGUCUUUCUCUGGCCUGGAGGAGAGCUUGGGAGGGGGAGGAGGGGGAGGAGGGGGCAGGAGGGCGGUGGGGUAUGGCGGAGAGAGAGGGGAGGCGGGCGGGAAUGGGAAUGGGGUUGGGAGUGAGGAGGAGGGGAGAAGAGAAGGGGGGAGAGUGGGGAGCGGGGAGAGGGGGAGUGAGGGGAGUGAGGGGAGUGAGGGGAGUGGGGAGGGGAGAGGGGCAGGGGUGCAGAUAGUAGGAUCGGGGCAGAUCAGUGGGUGGAGUGAGGACGAGGAGGGAGAGGGUGAGAGUCAAGGUGGGGGGAGGAAGAGCAAUGGUGUUGCUGUUGUUAGCGAUGGUGCUGCUGCGAGUAACGGGCCUGUGGGUAGCAGCGUGGCUGGGCGCUUUAAGGCAUCGCCCUCACUGCCAUCCAAGCAGCGGAAGCAGCAGCAGGAGGAAGAGGGGGAGGAGGACGAUGAGAUGGUGGUGAUGGAGAGUGUGAACGGGCGGCACACUGCCAUGCUUCACAUGCUGCAGGGGCGGCUCUCUGCAGUGCGGCACGUGGCAGCGCUGUGGGUGGAUGGCGAACUGCUGCCCGCCCUCUCCGCCCUCGCAGCGUCGAAAGACCUUGCUGUGGUGGCGGAUGUAUUGGAGGUGCUGGCCAUGCAGGGAGGCAGGCGGCUGGCAUCAGUGGGAAUGGAAGGAGCCUUGCAGUUGCAGCCGCUGCUGAGGGCUCUGCUCGCCAGUAGCCACUCCAAGUACGUAGGAGUGGCGCUGUCACUGCUGCGCGAGCUGCUGAGGGCGUUCAGUGAGCCCAUCACUGCUGCUCGCACGGCCACACAUUCUCCUGGAGUGGACCUUCAUAUGGAGGAGAGGUUGCAGCGCUGUAAUGAUUGCUACGAGGGCUUCAGGGUGCUCGAAGAUCAGCUCCACCCCAUCCUCAGGAGAAGGAGCAAUGAGAAUUAUGCUCUUGCUUCAGAUGUGCACAUGCUUUUACAGAAGAUGCAAUGA